GAUCUUAAGAAGUCUAUAGUAUUACAUUGUAUUAUAUUUUACGAUAGCUUCUUAAAACAAUGGCUGAUUGCCGAAUUUUUACCAUGCUUCUUUUCUAUUGAUAAAUUGUUGAAAUAAGUUUUGAUUCCGAUGAUAAUCAAGGUUAUUUAAAGAUGUAGAGUAUAAUGUAAAAAAAAAUUGUGUGUUGGUAUUAUUUCAAGUAUUUUAAAAAUGGCGGAUAAAUAUUGAAUGAUGGCUUGUACACAAUCCAGAGAAUGUUGUUGGAAGUAAACUUGGUCGGCAGAAUGGAGACAGCGACAAUAGAGCAGAUACAUAGAGUUAAACAGUUACAGCUGAAACAAGUUGAAAAACUCCCUGCCAUUAAGAAGAUAAAAUAUGUCGGACAGUGGAAACGAAAGCUGUCACGUGACCAAGGACUCACAAAGACAUGCACAUUCAAGGAGUUCCGGUUUGAGCCGCCAUAUGUUUCUAAGAAAAAAGACAUCAAGAAGAAAAAGUUGCCUCCAAUUCCGGAACAUAUGUUGCCCAAACGUCACAAUAGUUUCGAAGAAGAGGAGGAAGAAGAAUAUGACGAAGGACAUAGCGAUCUACCAACUCUCCCAUCACUGUCCAUCUCACCAGCAUUUCUCACAGAAAGGAAUCAGAAUGACGAACGUUCACUGUCCGUUGAGGUGGCAGCAAAGACUCCAAACUUCCAUCUUUUCAACACACGGGAAUUUACAUUUCCAGAAUCAAAUUCUAAACGUAAGAAACACCUUCCUAGUCAGCCGAGUAUAGUUCCGGCACUCACACCCAGAGUUCGAGAGUUACCGAUUCAGGCAAAGAUAGAAAAACUAGCCAAACAAAAAAGACGAGAACGGGCGAAAAGGGCAGUAGAACGACGAUAUGAGAAAAAACUUCAUAAUAUGAUGGAAAUGAAUUCGCCUACUUCUCACAUGGCAUUUAAAAGUAAACGGGAACCGGAAUUCGCCAAUACAUUCCAUUUAAAAGAACACAAAAUAUAUCCAUUUAAGCAAAUGACAAAAAUAUCGGAGGAAAGUGAUAAAAAUACAACAAGACUUCAUCCGAGAUUAUAUACUCGGAUUGUUGAUAGCAUUUACUCUUAUACGAAGGGAUUACAUGAACCCAGUCGCACGUCGGAUAACCAAGGACCAUAUGAACGACUUAUGGUGACACCGGUUACGGUAAGAGGAGAAGAAGUGAAAGAUGACGCGAAUCGAUCUUUGACCUUCCUUCCCCCUAUACUCUGAAUGGAAGCUUCAGUUUUAAUUAACCUUAUAUUCUGUAUUCUUGAUGUAACAAAUACUACUGGAUAUGACAUUGGAGGAAUUUGUUGAAAUUGUUUGUCUAGGUAAAGUGUGUUUGCUUUUUUGGGAUUAAGUGUUGAUAAAUACGUAAAUACUUCUUGGCAAACACAUUUGUCCCAGUAUAGUUUCGAUGAAUUGUGGAAGGAUCAAAAUGAUCGACCAUGUCUCUGGUGUUUCGACGUAUUUGGUAGUGAAACCACUGUUAUAUUCCUCGAAACAACAAUCGAAUUGGUUCCUUUUAUGAAGUCGCUUUGUUUGUUGCACGUUGCUCGCAGUUAUUCUGUGAAGCAAUCUUUGUUAUUAAGUUACUAGGUUGCCUUUCUGGGUAUUCCUGAAUUAAAAAUUCGUGUUAAGUCUUCUAAAGAAUUUUUAUACGCCACGUGUACCGAUGUAUUUUCUUUAAUAUAUAGUGAACUAUCACUAGUUGGAGCAUCGGUUGCUCAUAUACCAGGAUUUACGCGAGAAAAUCAUGUCGAAUUCGGAAAUUUUCCUUAUAUUUUUCUUAUAUAUUCUAUGCUCUGAUAGGCAGAAACCUUGGAUAAGAUCAUACCUUCUUGCGAAUUCAAGGAAUAUGUUUCACUGUGAUACAUUGUUAACAAUAAUGUGCUAUCUGAGAUGUUUUAUUAAAACGCUGAUCAAGGUUUUAAUUACAGCAAGUUAUUCUCUGCAAAAGCAAAAAUGAUGUCCCAUUUUCAUAGGACAUUGAAAAUGUGUAUAUUGGGUCGAGUACUUUCAAAAUUUUCAGUUAUCCUACCCGUUCUUAAACAGUUUUAAAUAUUUUUAUUAAUGAAUGCAUGUAUUAUGAAACGUAAAUAGAUAGAUGACGUAUGUUUUUCCGAUGUAUUGUUUCAUUAUUAAGUUUUCCUUUAUGUAACAACUGAUAUAAUUAGUUGACUGAAAAAUACGGUAUUUCAUCAGGGCCAUCCUUGUUUCGCCUUGUCCGUAUGUAAAUAGGUAAGGACGGCAGAUUACAACGCGCUAUGUGAUUGUCUUACUUUUGCGAUGUGGUUAGUUUGACGUGGUGAAACAGCGAUGACCUUAACGGAACACAAUAGAAGAUACUUGUUGACUUCUGCUUUGUUUACCUGUUAUAAAAACGUGUGCUUUGUCAUUGUUCAACUUGUGCCAAGUUUGUUUUGUUUUGGUGACACCAAGCAUUUAUCGGUGUAUCAUCAGCUAAUUUGUCAACGUUCAUUUAAUUUAUUCAUUAAAUUAUUUUUAUGAUAACAUAAA